AUGGCGACCGUUUGCAGACUCUUGAGGCUGCCCGCCGAACUUCGUAAUGCUAUCUACACAUUCGUCGCAACAGCGGAUGCUUCGCUCCAGGUUCGGAGGCCGAAACAAACCGCAGUAGCUGAGACAUGUUUUUAUUCUGUCGCUGGAGCAGGCCUGGCGCAGACCAACCGCCAGAUCAGGCAUGAGUUCUACGGCAUCCUUAGACAUACAGCGCUGCGACCCGGCUCAACUAUCAGCGCCGCAAUCUACGGCUUCGACUUCAGCAAUCUCGCUGCCGCUGUGCAAAGCCUUACCCAAGACGAGCUACGUGGAGCCAGUUGCAACCGCAAUUUCAAGGCCGAGUUGUUCGUCUUCGAUAUCGGCAAGCAAGAAGUCAACAACCUCAGGCAAUGGCUCGACUUCUGCGACUGCACCAAUACUGACGUCCAAUACACAGUCAAAUGGACGCGCUUCUCACUCGUCGACAUGCGAUGUCUGGAGCCCCUGCUUCAUGGACGUUCUGAAUGUCGGAAUAUGUGGAUCGCGCUUGGUGGGCCCUCCAUGCUUCGACACGGUUGUUGGAGCAGAGAACAGUGGCUGCAGAAGCAGGCCACGCGACUCAUUGUCCCUGAUGGAGCAUCGUUCUGCGGUGCAUCGACCACUGCGAAGUGUACGGGCAAGGAGGACGAAGUCAAGGAGACGGGAUAAGACUGAGCGAAGGGCUGUAUGCCGUUCACCGCAUCGCUAUAUACAUAACAUGUAGAAACAAUUCACG